AUGAGCACUACAACGGUAAACACAGAUGCUCGUGCUGAGCGCAGAACAAAAUACCAUGAGGCCGACGUGGUGAUUGUCGGCGCCGGAGUCUUUGGCUGCGCCGCCGCGUAUGCACUGGCACAGCAAGAUCGCAGUGUGCUGCUGCUGGAGAGAUGGAUGAAGCAGCCCGAUCGCAUUGUCGGUGAGCUUCUCCAGCCGGGUGGUGUCGAGGCUCUCACCAAGCUCGGCCUGAGACACUGUCUUGAUGGAAUCGACGCCAUUACUUGCAACGGUUUCGAUGUGAUAUACUAUGGAGAGCAGGUGGUUAUAAACUAUCCCAAGAUCGAGGGUCUCGCAGGAGGAUAUGCCAAUGGAUCGGCAAACGGUCACGCAAAUGGACAUGCCAAUGGACACGCCAAUGGACACACCAAUGGCUCGGCGUAUCCCAAGGAGAAGGAUUCGAGACCACAGGGCCGUAGUUUUCACCACGGCCGAUUCGUGCAGAGGCUGCGAGAAUCGUGUCUGGCACACCCCAACAUCACCGUGGUAGAGACGGAGGCCGUCUCGACGGUCAAGGGUGAGCACAACGCCGAGAUUCUCGGUGUUGAGACGCGCACAUUUGACCCUGAUACUGGCAAAAAGAUUCCCGACUUCUUCUUUGGUCAGCUGACCAUCAUCGCCGAUGGCUAUGCCUCGCUCUUCCGCAAGCAGUACAUUGAGCGGACGCCAGUGGUGCGGUCCAAGUUUUAUGCCCUUGAGCUGAUUGAUGCCGAUCUACCGCAGCCCACCUUUGGCCAUGUCAUACUGGGCAAUGCCUCGCCAGUUCUCUGUUACCAGAUUGGCACCCACGAGACCCGCGCACUCAUUGAUGUCCCACUCGACUGCCCGGCGGCUUCGGUAGCAAACGGCGGCGUCCGUGGGUACAUUGAAAAGGUUGUCAUCCCAAACCUUCCACCACAGCUCCAGCCUGCUUUCAAGGCUGCGCUUGAAAAGGAAAACAAGAUCCCAAAAUCCAUGCCCAACUCGUGGCUCCCGCCCUCCAAACAAUCACACCCCGGUGUGCUCGUGCUGGGCGAUGCCAUGAAUAUGCGUCACCCGCUUACUGGAGGCGGCAUGACUGUCGCCUUUAACGAUGUUGUCCUCCUUUCCCAACUCUUGGCCCCUUCCAACAUUCGCGACCUGGGCGACUCGGCUGCUGUCCUGCGGGCCAUGGACACGUUUCACUGGCAGCGCAAGUCGCUGACGUCCAUUAUCAACGUGCUGGCUCAGGCGCUGUACUCUUUGUUCAGCGCGGCGGACCCCAACCUUGCCAAAUUGCAGCGUGGCUGCUUUGCCUACUUCAGGAAGGGCAUUACCUCGGACCCCAUGGGUCUCAUGGGCGGCCUGAUCCACCGGCCACUCGUUUUGGCCUACCAUUUCUUCUCGGUAGCCUUUCUGGCCAUCUGGAUUGAUGCAAAGUCGACUGGCCUGUGGAACAUACCUGUCGUCCUUUUCAACUCCAUUAGCUUGCUCUGGACGGCCUGUGUCGUCUUCUUGCCCGUCAUGUACAAGGAGGUCUUCUAG